UAUAUCAUACCUUUGGAAGAACAGCAUGUAUAAUAACAUCCCUCCUGUGAAACCAAGUUUUCCCACUCUCCAACCAUUCCGCUUUUCAGCCACAUUUAGUAGGCUCUACUUUGGUAGACUCUACUUUAGUAGGCUCUGCUUUAUUCGGCAUCAAGAUGCAAUUUUGCGCGACUCCCCAGGAUGUCACACCUACGGCGUCCUGUUCCCCUGAUUGGCGUCACCGGCGACCGAGCAAAACACAGUGGCCGAAACCACCCAUCGUAUCCAAGAUGAAGAUACCUACUAGGCUCAAGAUACGACAAGCUCGGUCUGCAUCGCAGGAGACAAUGCAAACCUCCUGGGAGGAUAGAACGAGAGUCUCAAUGAGCGACUCCCCGAGCGAGACGGAGUUGGACGAGAAGUGGAACAUCGGAGGUGUGUCUGAGCUGGAGAUCACACUACUGCUUGAACAAGACCAAGAGCGCCCUUGGCGCUCUAUCGGAAGAUCCCUGAGGAAGCGGUCGAUGAAGGUCCGCCAGAAAGUUCGUCAACUCUUCCGUUUACAAAGCAUUCCCACCACGCCCGGCAACGAAGCCUCAAGAACCCCUUCGUAUUACGCAAGCAAGACAUCAACAGAUAAGGAGAAGGCUGCAGAGACUGCGGGGGGUGGGGAUUCAUUGAACGACAGGAAGUGCUACCGCGAGGCGACUCGCUUGUAUGGGGCCCUCGCAGCCCCGUUCGCAAUUAUGGGAGUGGGAUAUCCCAUGGUGAUAUUCUAGAAUUCAUCUUUCAGUAGUCAGAAAGGGAACAGGACAGGCAUAGGGAGUGAGGUGGCCAGGCCUUUGUUCGAAGAGCUGCUGGGUCAGCGAGGUGUUUGAUAAUCCAAGAGUGGUUUGUGGACUGACACACAUCUUACUCAAACGAGACAUGAAGAAACUGAACAGUACCUCCGAAGGCAUGGUAUCACUUUCUUUUGGC